UGGCAUAUUAUGGAUAUUUUACAGUAAGCCCCUUUUUCGUAAAUUUUUUUUUUUUUUGACUUAAAUUUCAGCAAGUUUAGCUAAUAAUCAUUUCUUAAUUUCGAACUAACCAUUUUGAUUAUUGUCCUCCUUGCCAAUCAAAUGCUCUAAAAAAAAAAAAUAAUUUCAUAAAAAAAGCUCUAUUAAAACUACAUUAUUACAUAGCGAUUCACUUGUCAGAUUAUUACAAGUACAAUACUUCAAUAAUACCCUCAACAGCUUGGAUGAUUCGUGUAGGUUAUAAUACAUAUAUUUUAACAAUAUUACUAGGAUUGAUUAAUAUUAUAUUAUAUUUUAUUUCUACCAUAAUAUUAUGGAGAUUGUUGAAAAAUGAAAAUGGUUUCGUUAUGAAUGAUAACGAUCUCGUUAUAAAUGAUAAUAAAACCAUUAAAGAGAAUAAUGAUAAAGAUUUAGAAAAACUUAGCAUCACAGAGUCAAAAGUAUAGUAGAAUAGUUUUUUUUUUUAAAAAAAAAACGGAGGGUAAAUAUUAUUUUUAGGGUUUGAUUUAAUUAUAAUUUCUUGGUUUUUUUUUUAUUUUCGUUAAAAAAAAGCACUCUUUCGUUAAUAAUUGUAGAAUGAACAAUAGUGAUAGUAUUUUUAUAUUGGUUAAUUCUUUUGUAAUUUAUCUUCUCCCUGUUAAUAGACUUAAAUAAAAAACCGUAUAUAUUUGACAUUUGUAACGACUUCGACUGCAGUAUUAUUUUAAGAUCCGUCGAACUAUAUAAUUUUUUAUGUCUUUGCUAGCCUUUCCGUCAAAGUCAUAUAAUUAGGUGAUUGGAAUUCCACUUUGAGGUUUAACAUAUCCUUCUGGAAAGAGCGUUGAACUUGAAUUAUAUAUCUGUUAUUAUAAUGUACCGAA